GCAUCUUUUCUACUGAGCAUCCUGUGGAAUUUUACCCCAUUUAAUUUAGUCAAAAGUGUUGGUUUACUGUAUCCGCGGGUCGCAUUUUAACCCUGAAACCAUGCUUGUCUAUAUAAGAAGCAGAGGGAUCCCCCUUCUAGGGACGAUAAGACUUCCCCAUCACACCGCGCUGUGCUUUACCUAGUCUUCGCUUCCAACAGCAAAGAUGCAGGAACAUCACUCGGGACACUCCAGCGAUGCUACCCGGACCGUCUCAGGGACCGGGCAGGAGCCUGACUACCUAGAUUUGCCUGUGCGCCAAGUCACCGCCGACGCCAAUUUAGAAGAAUACACAACGGAAACAGCAGCCGGCCAGAUUAUUAAACCCGUUCGAUCGACGGUGUCAGGACAGAUGGAAGAUUGGAAACUGGUGACUUUCACUAUUGAUGACCCCGAAAACCCUAAGAACUGGUCCAAAGCGUUCAAGUGGUACUGUACCAUGGUGGUUGCUUUCACAUGCUUUGUUGUCGCAUUCGCCAGCAGUGUGAUCACGGCCGACAUCGAAGGCCCUGCCGAUGAAUUCGGGGUGUCACGAGAAGUCAGUCUUGUUGUCGUCACAGUUUUUGUUAUUGGAUUCGGCGUUGGCCCAAUGGCUUUCGCUCCCAUGUCUGAGAUGUUUGGCCGUAGGCCGGUUUACGCCUUCACGCUUCUCCUGGCCGUCAUAUUUAUUAUCCCUUGUGCAGUCGCGAAGAAUAUUGGUACUCUUAUCGUAUGCCGAGCGAUUGACGGCAUUGCUUUUAGCGCCCCGAUGACUCUCGUCGGUGGCACUCUGGCGGACCUGUGGAAAAACGAAGAGCGGGGUGUCCCUAUGGCCGCCUUCUCCGCAAGCCCCUUCCUCGGCCCCGCUAUUGGGCCCCUCGCCGGCGGGUACCUUGCCGAUGCCACCGGGUGGAGAUGGCUCUACUGGCUUACGCUGAUCCUGGCCUUUGUCUCCUGGGUCUUGAUCACCUUCACGGUCCCCGAAACCUAUGCCCCGACAAUCUUGAAACGGAGAGCCAAGAAACUCCGCAAGACCCAGAACGAUCCUAAAUACGUGACUGAAACAGAGCUGGACUCUCGCCCUACGGCAGAGAAGCUGCGGGUGUUCCUCUUCCGCCCAUUCCAGCUUUUGUUUCUGGAACCUAUCGUCUUGUUCAUCUCGAUCUACAUGUCCGUCCUGUAUGGCCUGCUGUACAUGUUCUUCGUUGCUUACCCAAUCGUGUUCCAAGGUGGAAAGGGCUGGAGCGCCGGUUCAACCGGCCUGAUGUUCAUCCCUCUCGCCAUCGGUGUUAUCAUGAGUGCGGCUUGCUCCCCAUUUAUCAACAAGCAUUAUCUGUCGCUGUACUCAAAGUAUGGUGGCAAGCCCCCGGCAGAAGCACGUCUGAUUCCUAUGAUGUUCUCUUGUUGGUUCAUUCCGAUUGGACUUUUCAUCUUUGCAUGGACAUCAUAUCCCCACAUUCAUUGGUUCGGACCUGCAGUUGGUGGCUGGCCCGUGGGAUUCGGCUUCAUCUUCCUGUACAACUCGGCCAACAACUAUCUUGUUGAUACAUACCAACAUCAGGCCGCAUCUGCCCUUGCCGCCAAGACAUUCCUCCGGUCUAUGUGGGGAGCGUCCACGGUCCUAUUUACCGAGCAAAUGUAUGACCGACUCGGCGAUCAGUGGGCUAGUACAUUGCUUGCAUUCAUCGCCUUGGCAUGCUGCGCGAUUCCUUAUGUCUUCUACUUCAAGGGAGAAUCUAUUCGUCGUUUCUCGCGUUAUGCCUACAACGAAGAUGAAGAGAAAGCCGACAAGGGUGAGAAGAGUUAAGAAGGAGGCUCGCGGUGUAUCUUCCGGCGCAUAAUUUCGGCGCUGCAAAAGUCCUUUUGUCUUUUGCUAGACAUAGGUAUCCUUCCUGUGUUCUAGAUGGUUGGAUGGGUCUUGUAAUCUAUGGAUUGGGAACUGACUGGGGUGUUGUUUGCGGUUUACGAGUGAUAUGUUUCCAAAGCUUUUAAUAUAUAUAUAUAUAUAUAUACCAUGAUUAAUUUAGAGAAUAUAUUGAUGUUUAGUGAC